GUGUAUGUGAGAGAGUAUAGUAGUGUGUGUGUGAGAGUAUAAUUAAAAAGGAUGUUGGUUUGAUCAAACAGGAAGACAGUUUAAAUCCUCAUUCCCUGAUUCGCUUACAGCCUUAAAAACACGCCUGUAUCUUCCCAGAGCACUGCAAGCUAAAUUGGAGCUACAAGGCACAAUUAAAACAAGCAGUAGAACUUUACGACACUUAAAGGAUAACUUUUACAGUUUUUUGUUAGCAAGUUUAGCAGGGUAGACAUGAUUUUUCAUUUUAUUUACCUUCUUUUGCAAGUCCCGUUUGCUUUUGUGGAAGUUAACGGUAAUGAGGAGGACAUUACUUUGUUUUUUACAGAUACAAUGCGGUGUGUUCAUGACAUUAUAAGGGAAACUGAGAGCAUGGGACCUGACAGCAUGGUUUUGCAAAGAUUAUUUGGUGAGCUUGAUUCUUACAGACGGACAAUGUUUUCCUUUAUUUUGAUUAGCCAGCAGUUAGGAGGGAGUGACAGUCGGGAAAGUUUGGGUGCACUAGAGGCUACGUAUGCCUGUCUUUGUUCUAUUAUCAAUUCAAAUGAAAAUUCAAGAUCAUUAGAAGUGAGACGACGAGCUAUGUUUGAUUCAAGAGCACCUCCAACUAUCAGAAAUGGUCUUCCUGGUCGCCCUCAGUACAGCAUACUACGUGAUCAAAUUACCCACUGUUUAUCUCUUGGAAUGAGUUGGCAAAGAAUAGCUGUAUGCUUUGGAAUCAGCAGGCAGACACUGUACAGACAUAGAGAGCAACUUGAAAUUGGACCACUGACCUAUACAGAAAUGUCUGACGAGGUCUUGACUGACAUUACUAGAGAGAUCCUUCAAACCACCCCAAAUGCAGGGGAAAGGUAUGUGUUAGGAGGCCUGCGAUCACGCAACAUCAGAAUACAGCGCUGGCGCGUGAGACGCUGCCUGCAACAUCUUGAUCCAGUUGGACGGGCCUACCGGCAACGCCGUGCAAUUCGAAGAAGAAUUUACAAUGUUCAAACGCCCAAUCAGUUAUGGCAUAUUGAUGGAAACCAUAAACUGGUGAGGUGGAGGAUGGUCUUUCAUGGAUGUGUUGACGGCUUUAGUCGGACCAUCAUAUACUUGCAGUGCCUCAAUAACAACAGAGCAUCAAGCGUAUUGGAACUAUUUUGCACUGGUGUACAGAGCUUUGGCCUUCCCUUAAGAAUACGCUGUGACCAUGGCAUGGAGAACACUGCGGUGGCCCGGUAUAUGCUGGAGAGAAGAGGGUUAAACAGACGCAGUGUCAUUACUGGCCGCAGUGUCCACAAUCAGAGGAUAGAGCGGUUGUGGGCAGAGCUAAAUAGAGUUGUGUCGUUUCACUUCAGUAAUCUGUUUGCCUUCAUGGAAAAUGAGGGCAUACUGGAUUCUACAGAUGAACUCCAUUUGUUUUGUCUUCACUACAUCUACUUGCCAAGAGUUCAGAGAGCGGCUGCAGAAUUCCGAAAUCAGUGGAACAACCAUGGAUUAUCUACACAGGGAGGACAAACCCCUCUACAACUGUGGCAGACAGGGGUUCUUAACAGUGCCGGAACUGGUAACUUGGCAAUUGAUGACAUUUUUGCAGGAAAUGAGACCUUUGGAAUGGAUGAAGAUAGCACUCUACAUUUAGAGAAUGAUAACAACAUUGUUGUUCCUGUAAAUGACUUUAAUGUAAAUCAAACAGUUAUUAACACACUUCAAGAAACAGUAGACCCACUGAUUGAUGAUGGCAACCACGGCAUACAUUUAUUUUUAAAUCUAGUGAAUUUUCUUAGUGAACGCUAAUACUGAAAAUGCAGCCGACACUAAGUGUUAA